UCCAGGUGGCAGAAGCAAUGACCGAGCAAGGCAGGAGUCUUGCCAGGGGUAGCCUUGCCGACCUGCCGGAUGACAGGCGGCUUGUACUGCGAACCUGGGUCAAGCCGAGUAGCGAGCCGACUGCGCACUCCUCUGCCUCUACCUCCCUAGCCCAUCUGAGCCUAUCUCCCGCCCGCUCGCUGUCCGCUCUGGGGCUCCCUGGCUCCAGCUUGCUGGCUGGCUGGCUGGGCUGGCCUGCCCGCCCUCAGGGGCGGUGUUUGCGGCUCCCACUCCCCGCCCUCCUUCACCGAUCUCCCGCCUCCACAUGCAGCUCCUCCCGCCAAGCCACACCGUGCGGAGUGUGGCCCUUGCCGGCUCCGCUGACUGGUCUUGACCGGUGGCAGCUGAAGGACGCAGAGCUCCAUCUCUGGCACCAGCUGCUGUCACUGCACUGGAAGGAUAAGGAUGCGAGGACCCGGCUGCGAGGACCCGGCUGCGAGGACCCGGCUGCAAGAUAGGCUGCAGGGUCUUGGCUGCAGGGACUUGGCCGCAGGGAUUUGGCUGACGAUGCCGCGGUGAAGACUUGGCUGCUGGCACUUGGCUGUUAUCAAAACUCCGUUGUGGAACUCCAUGGCUGUGGCGCCGGGAUACCCACCAUGCUACGUCCCUCCUCCUCCCGCCCUCUUUUGGGAGCCCCA